AAGUUGAAGAAGAGCCUCCGUUAGCUUCUCUCGGCUAGCAGCUAUUAGCUCCACUUCAGGCGGGUUAUUGUCUCUAAAACUACACCUUUCUGCUCUAAACGUUUGACUUGUGACUUCGUUUCUUCACGAACACACUGCGGUCCUAUCUCUCCAGAUCCCCGGGUUUAUUUCUAGUUCCUCGUCCCAUCAUGUCUCAGAACUACCCGUACAGACCUCCGCCCGCCGACUCCGAUCUCAGACCCGUUCCUGGACCGUACGGAUCUUCAGACCGACGCCACGCCUCCUCUUCCACCACCCCGUCGUCUUCAGACUUUUACAGGCCGCCUCCAGAGUCCAUCCUGCCUCCUCCCUCGUCCUCCAGAGGUUCCUCCUGGUCUCAGGACGGGGCUCUGAGCAUCCUGAACAGCUGUGGACUGGAACCAGAAGACCUCGCUCUUCUUGCUGAACUUCCAGAAGACGUCCUGACCCUCGAAUCCCUUCCUCAAGUCCUCAAGCAGAUCAAGGGAAAGAGGGGCACCGUGAGACCUUCGAAUACUCCUUCCUCCUCUUCCUCUUCUUCUUAUCCACCCAGAUUCUCUACCACCACAAGCAACUGGGAUCCUCCCCGCAACCAGUACCCACAGAGCCACUUAACACCCGGUAAUCUUUUACCGGAACUGGAUCGCUGGGGGAAUCCCAUCACCUUCAACUCACCAUCGUCAUCCUCGUCCUCCAGCUACCAGGUGGACUUCAAACCAGGAGCUUCUGGGAAGACGGGCAGAAACGCCAGUCAAUUUCCCCCUAAAGACUACAACCAUGGACCCUCUGAGUUCGGCAAGAAGGCCGGUGGUCCAUCUGUCUCUCAAGACUACAACUACGGACCAGGACCUUCUGAUUUUGGUAAGAUGGGUAGAGAUGCAGGUCCAGUUUCCUCUCUAGACUACGACUCCAGACCUUCUGAGUUCGGCAAGAAAGUUGCUGGUCCAGUUGUCUCUCAAGACUACGACUCCAGACCUUCUGAUUUUGGCAACACGGGAAGAGAUGCCAGUCUAUUUCCCCCUAAAGACUACAACUACAGAACCUCUGAUUAUGUUCAGUCGAGCAGAGACGCCGCUCCACUUUCCUCUCUAGACUACAAACACGAAUCUGGACCUUCUGAUUACGGUAAGACGGGCCGAUACGCCAGUCCAGUUUCUUCUUUAGACUAUAACCACGGAUCGGCACUGCUUGGUUUUGGUAAGAAAGGCAGCGUCGCCGGUCCAGUUUCCCCUAAAGACUACAACCAUGGACCCUCUGAGUUCGGCAAGAAAGCCGGUGGUCCGCUUGUCUCUCAAGGCGACAUCUACACACCAGGACCUUCUGAUUUUGGUAAGAAAGGCAGCGUCUCCGGUCCAGUUUCCUCGCAGGUCCGACCCUCUUUCGGCUCUGCGGGAUGGGACAAGAAACCCCGUCCUUCCCGUUUCUCUCAGCCGGUUCAGAAUUACGGUUCAGUUCCUCUUCCUCCUCCUGAAGAGCCGCUUCUGAAACCUGGUUCUGGUCGCGAUGGAGGAUCUGAGGUUUCUUCCAUGAUGCCGUCGAAGGAGAAAGCUCUGGAUUUCCACGGGAAGUCUCCUCCAUUGUUCCCCUACUCUUGCUCUCUGUGUGACAUCACUGUGAUGUCAGAGAAG